UUUUUUUUUUUUUUUUGAAACUCCAAUAAAAUUUCUUUUCUUGCAAACACUUAAAAAUGAACGACAAUGCGUCUGUAAUGAACGUGGAUGGUGCAUCAGUGUCAGAAGCAACUUACGCAGCUAACGAAACUAGAGAUAUUGUUUUACCAAAUCAAACAGAACACGUAGCGCAUAUUGCUAUCGAUAUUGGUGGUUCUUUAGCUAAAAUCGUCUAUUUUACUUCCUCUGGUGAACUAAAUGGAGGUCGUCUUCAUUUUAAAAAGAUUGAGACUGAGAAAAUUGACGAGUGCAUCGACUUUGUAGCAGCACUCAUGGCAGACGCACGUCCGCUAACACCAGAAAACACAAGUCUGGUUUUAAAAGCGACAGGUGGUGGCGCUUACCUGUUCUACGACAAGCUGGAGGCGCGUUUACCAGGUGUUAUUGUUCAGAAAGAGGAUGAAAUGGAAUGUCUUAUCACUGGUCUCAAUUUUUUCAUAACAGAGAUACCUUACGAGGUGUUUACUUAUAACGAACAGGAGCCUGACCCAAUGAGAUUUGAAGAAAAGACGAGAGACAUAUAUCCUUACAUGCUAGUCAACAUUGGAUCAGGUGUUAGUAUAUUGAAGGUAACAGGCCCUGAUGAAUUCUCUCGUAUUAGUGGUACUUCUCUUGGUGGUGGUACUUUAUGGGGAUUGAUGGCAUUAUUGACAAAAGCGACAUCUUUUGAUGAAAUGCUCGAAAUAUCCAAGGAUGGUGAUAACAAAAAUGUUGAUUUAUUGGUUGGAGAUAUUUACGGUGCAGAUUACACCAAACUUGGUCUAAAAGCUACAAAGAUCGCAUCCAGUUUUGGUAAAGUCUUUAAAAAGGGAGUGCAACAAUCUCAGGACAAUUUUAAAGCUUGUGACAUUGCAAAAAGUUUGUUGUUCAUGGUCAGUAAUAAUAUUGGUCAAAUAGCCUACUUGAAUGCAAAGCAACAUGAUUUGAAACGCAUCUAUUUCGGUGGCUGCUUUAUCAGAGGACACCCUAUUACAAUGAAUACGUUAUCUUAUGCCAUCAAUUUUUGGUCUAACGGAGAUAUGAAGGCAUUGUUUCUUAGACAUGAAGGCCAUCUAGGAGCUACAGGCGCUUUCUUGAAACAUUCAGUUAUUCGGAGAGCAAGGCACUCAUUUUCAUUUUCUGAAAAUAAUUUCACACCUGACAUCAAUCCUAAUCCCAAAAAUGUUUAUGGUGAUAUAGAAGAAACAAACGUUGAGCUCCGUGCUGAUAAAUAAACCC